GGUGGAUUUCACCCAACCCCCAUAAAAUCACAAUCGCUUUCUCACAAUGGGCAAUUUAAAGAUUUCAGAAUGGAGAAAGCUUCCAGUGAGUCUGGCAGAGCUUUGUAUAGAUACUACAUUACGUUGUGGGCAAUCGUUUCGGUGGAAGAAAGCUGUAGAUGAAGAUUAUUGGUCUUGUACAUUACAUGGCCGUAUAAUCUCUCUCAAACAAGACUCAACCCAUCUUCACUAUCGUACCAUAUUUCCCGAGGUCAAAGAUUCUUUGCAUCAUCAACCUGUAGUAAAGAAGGAAGAGCUUGAAGAUGAAAAUGAAGAAGAUGAUAAAGAUGAUACAGAAUCUUUACUUCGGCAUUACCUGAACCUUUCACCAAACUUGACUGAGAUGUAUGAACAAUGGUCUUUGGCCGAUCCAAAUUUCAAGAAGAGAGCACCUAAGUUUACAGGAGUUCGCAUUCUCAAACAAGAUGCUUGGGAGGCGCUGGUGGGAUUUAUCUGCAGCAGCAACAACAAUAUUAUAAGAAUUUCACAAAUGGUCAACAAUUUGUGUUUACAUUAUGGACCCCUAAUAGGGCAUAUUGAUGAUCAACCAUUUCAUGACUUCCCACAACCUGAAGCCCUAACUGGUUCUGGGGUAGAGUCACAUCUCCGCGCUCUAGGCUUUGGGUACCGAGCAAAGUACAUUGCUCAAACAGCAUCGAUUGUAGCAUCGAAGCCAAAAGACUGGCUUGAGAACCUUCGCAAUCCAGAGACUUUUGACCACCCUUUUGAAGGGGAAGUUCCAGCAGGAGGACGUCCUGGUUACAGAAAAGCACAUGAAGAGCUGCUCGAGCUUCAGGGUGUUGGGCCAAAAGUAGCUGACUGCGUUUGCUUGAUGGGCUUGGGAUGGGGAGAAGCGGUUCCUGUGGACACCCACGUUUGGCAAAUUGCCCAAAGAGACUACAGAUUUGGAAAAGGAAAACACAAGAGUCUCACCAAAGCUACAUACGAUGCGAUUGGGGAUCAUUUCAGAGGAUUAUGGGGUAAAGAGGCUGGCUGGGCACACUCGGUCUUGUUCGCGGCGGAUCUGAAAACAUUUUCUGAUAAACUUGUAAGCAAGGUUGAAGUUAAAGUUGAUGAGCUUGAGGUCAAGCAGGAGAAUGGGGAUGUCCUAGAAAAGAAAGUAGCAGUCAAACGAGAGUAUCCUUCAGAGGAGGUGGAUAUAAAGGAAGAGAAAGUAGUGAUUAAGCGCGAAGGCGUUACAGACGAAAUCGAAGUCAAGGAUGAAGUAAAAGUGUUUGAGCCAUCGGCAAGAAGUGUCAGAGCGAAAAGGAGGAAACUAUAAGCAGUCGGAAGCGGUAACUAUAAUAUUGUAUAAUAAAUGUAAACAUCAAAUUGGACACAGAUACUUUUCGUUAAAUUAAGGAGCUCCAGCUAUAAAAAUUCAACGCACA